GCUAGACAGUUUCGAUGACCGUGAGGCUUUAGUUUUCUUUGCUAUGAUUAGGAGGUCUUCGUACGUCUGAUAUUUUUCUUGACUGUAAUUCUUAAGCACUUAAGGAUAUAGAAACAAAUCUUUCUAGAACAUCAUAGCUUCACAUUCAACUUCUUUAUUUUUCUGAAACGUAAAUGCACAUCAAUCCUUUCGAGUGCACGUAAAACAAUGUUUACACGGUCGUUUAAAAUCCUGGAUCGACUUGCCCGACAACACUCAACCUUUCGCGAUGGAGGGUUACCCUGGAACAAGUAUGGCACAGCGGUCGGAGCUGUUAUAUCUACCGGAGCCUCCCUGGUGGCGAUGUACUCAGCUUACGACUCAAGGAAGAAUCUGGAAGCACACAGCAGAAAGGAGUUCGGACGAGCCUUUGCAGAACUCCAGAACGACUUCUACACGACUGAGAUGAAUCGUGUUCAGAGGAAGCUCUACAACUUGAAGAGAAGGGCGGACAACGAAGGUCGAAGCUGGGAUGACGUGUGCGGAGAGUGGGCCGCUGACGACCUGACUCUUUCCCUGACACCACCGGAAAAACUAACAAAAGAGCAGAAGAUCCGAUUGAAGGAGGUGGAGGAAAUAGGAGAAGCUAGUAGGACUUGGACUGCCUUCUUUAAUAAAUUUCGCUCCCUCUACAAACGGGGCGUCAUUUCUGAUGAAGAUGUGAAGCAGCACAACUUCCCCAGCGAGGGACAAAUGAAGGGAUAUGUCACCGUGGUCGACCCGAUAUUACAAGCAUGCAGCGUCGUGUUUGUGGGAAAUGUAAAAAUCCCAGAAUACAGUCAGGCAGAAAUAGCUGGAUUUCUUAGCACAACUUUCCUUGAUGGUCGCUACAUUCUUACAGAGGAGAAACUAAGAGAGAGGCAUGACAAAUACAUGCUCUUGAGAGAGCAGGUUUUGGAAAACAUGAAACCGGAGGCUCAGAAGGAAAGAGAAAAAUGGUACCAGUGGCCUUAAAUCAUAGAGAUGCAUAAAGGCGGUAUCUCACUGCAUUGGAGCACCGUUGCGGCAUUGCGAGCUUCGAAAGAUUACACAACGAUUUCAGAGAUGAAGAACGAUUUUAUUACGUUUUAUGUAUUUUGUUGUUUUUAAAGUCAAAAUAUUCCUAACGUUCUAACGUUAUAUCGUAUAAAAAUCGGCGAAAAUAACACAACAGUGCCGCAGUGAACGACCCCGUAGUGCCACAUCGGUGCCUCAAGCGCAGUGAGAUACCACCUUAAAGUGUAUCAGUAUAUUCAUUAUUACGUUAAAAGACUGAAUUACAUACAUGUACAUGCACGAGAAGUUAACAUUAAACAGUCUUCGUUAUGCAUUCAAAUACGUAAAUCUGUUAUCUGUGACUUGAAUGUAAGGAUACGAUCAAAAGCCGAAUUGUAUAUAAUGACAUCCUAACAUUGUAUAACGAUGUGAAUUCAUUGCAUAACAAUGUGAAUACAUAGUUCAUGGUGUUAACUAAAUAAGAAGAAGAGAGAGACACGUAAACGAUAGAUUCGGUGGUAGCAUUUUAAAUUUUCCAUUUGCAACACAAGAAGUGUUUUUACUUUACCUUUAGUAUUUCAUGUCAUAGUAUACUACAUUUAGCCUAAUGUGUGGAUCAGAACAUGCAAAUCAAGACGAUUAAUGAAUAACAAUGUUACCCUCACCCCUAGCGUACUUAAAACGUAUUUUGAUCACAAUGCUACUCUAUAUUAUACUUUAUUCUGGCCUUUGUAUAGUAACGUUUUCACUCCUGUGAUCCUAUUUAAAACUUAUUUUGGGACAAUGACAAUGAAGUUUAUUGCGUAAUGCAUGCUGCAUAUAGUAAACAUCAUAAGAUACUCUCA